AUGUACGUCGGGUUCACUGCUUCUACAGGGCAAUUAGUACAGAGCCACAAGAUUCUAGCCUGGAGUUUUAGCAAUUCGAAUUUUCCCCUGAGCGAGAGUUUGAUUACUACUGGCUUGCCGUCUUUCGUGCUUCCGUCGGAUUCGAAUCUCCAAUUGAAAGGGUUCAAUGCCGGGGUAACGGCGGGGAGCUUGGUCUUGGUAAUUGACGACGUUUUGAGUGCCCUUUUUCUAAUCAGGAGGAGGAGAAAAACAGGGGAGAAUAAAGACGAGGAAAUGGGAAAUUGGGAGUUGGAGUACUGGCCGCACAAAAUUGCUUACCAAGGAAUUGCGGCGAUGGCGCGGGGCUUGGCCGGUCGGGAGAGGUCGUUGACCGGAGGGGAGAGGAACGGCGACGGGCAGUUGAAAAUAAUAAUUAAAAAGAAUUAA